AUGCGAAAGUUUUUGGUUUUCUCUCUUCUGGGUAAAAAAAAAGAGCAUAAAGUUAAUUGCCAGGCAGUGCCUAGAACCAGUCGAGACUUAAAUUCGAGCAGUAGUCCCAGCACAUUGCCUCUGAUAUGAGCGAUACCGAUGCGAUGCGUCCACCUGGUGUGGGGCCGCCGCAGCCACAACCGCGUCCCCCAUUCGCCGGAGCUCGUCCCAUGGUUGGCAUGGGUCCACGUCCGCCGAUGCCACCCAACAUGGCACCCCGGCCGGGUCAGAUGCCACCUCCUUUGCGGAGCACGGAUAGCAAGAGCAACCUGCUAAUGGGUCCACCGAUGAGACCGGGAAUGCCAACACCGCAACUCAGUCAGCAGAAUCUGCAGCAGGCCCGGCUGCCCAAUUCCGGUGGCCCCCUCAGUCCACCCGGACAAGGUCCCCCUCGACCGCCCGGAGGCUUCAAUUGGAAUCCCCCGGCUGGAGCACCUGGCAUGCCACCGGGAGCCAGACCUCCACAGAACAUGACGCGACCGCCGCCACCAACAUUUGCCCGCCCUCCGCCGGGUCAGCCACUGCAGGCGCCAUUCCGACCGCCCUUCAAUCAGCAACCGCCCAUGCCACAGCAGCAGCAACAGCCGCCACAAAUGCAGCAGCAACACAUGCAACAGCAGCAACAGCCACCGCAACUACUACGCCCACUUUCAGCGGCGGGCUCCCACAGCAACAACAAUGACGACGACGAUGACGUGAUCAUGGGCCCGGCAGUGACUCCUCUCAAGUCAUUCAAUAUGAAGGCCGAUCCCAUGGGCUCCCCGUUGCUGGAGGAGACGGAGCCACCAUUCGAGACGAGCCCCCCGGCGGUAGACUCCAGGAAGGGGCCGGGUUUCAAAGGCGACAAUGACAGCGGUGUGGAUGAAUCAACUCAGGAGAAGGAUCGAAACGGACCCAUCUCGCCCAGCUCACCGGUGAAGACUCCCACAUCGACCUCAUCGAAGCCGGACAAGUCGGGCACCUCGCGUCCCCCGAGUGCCACGCCCUCGAACAAAUCGGCUCCCAAGUCGCGCAGCGCCUCCAAGAAUCGCUUGCUCCUCAAGACUCCAGAGCCCGAGCCAGUCAAGAAAGUUCCAAUGAACAAGGUACAGGUUGGACAUGCACCUUCGCCCAAUCUGAAGGCUGUUCGCUCCAAAAUUGGAUCUUUGGAUAAUGCCACCUACAAGCCAGGUGGUGGCCAUGUGAAAAUCGAGUCCAAGAAGCUGGACAUCAAGGCAGCACCACGCAUCGAGGCCAAGAACGACAAGUAUGCCCCCAAGGGCGGUGAGAAGAAGAUAGUUUCAACAAAGUUGCAGUGGAAUGCGAAGUCGAAAAUCGGUUCGCUGGAGAAUGCCGCCCACAAGCCCGGGGGCGGCGACAAGAAGAUCGAGACCCUGAAGAUGGACUUUAAGGACAAGGCCAAGUCAAAGGUCGGCUCCAAGGACAACGUGCAACAUAAGCCCGGCGGCGGUGAUAUCAAGGAUAACAACCCGAAGGAUAUUCAAACGCAAAAACUAGAAAUUAAGGCACAAAGCAAAGUUGGCUCUUUGGAUAAUGUAAAGCACAAGCCCGGUGGCGGUGAAAAGAAGAUUUUCGAUGAUAAGGAUUAUUUGAAAAAUGUUGAACACUCUGUUGCACUGACAACACCACCAACACAGAGUCCACUACCAUCCAUGACGGCUUCUGGCGCUGAUGAAAAUUUAAAUCAACAAAGCUAAAUGCCCGAAUUGCAUGUCGAGCUGAAAAUCUGAAUCUUUUCUUUGCUAAAAAUAUAGGAUUGAAAUGUGAAAUGAUUAUUGAACAUUGAACCAGCUAAUUUGAAAUGUACUAUCUAAGCAAAAGCUACACAAAGCAAAAACCAAACGAAAGUUACGCAAUAAUUUCCACACCCCCACACACAAAUAAGAUAUAAAAUUGAACAAAAAAAAAACCAAUCCGAUAGAGGUGCAAGCACGCAAUGAGAUGCAGAUACAUCUAUUUUACACCACAUACGUAUUUGGUUUGAAAAUCAAAAGUAUAUUUGACUAGUUGAGCAAUGCACUCUUUAUCAUACAGAUACCAGACAUAAUUAUAUAUCUCAAUGUAUUACAAGAACUUCAUAUAUACAUACAAAUAUAUAUAUAUAUAGUGACAUAUCCAUAGCAUUAUACAUAAACUAUGUAAAUGUCCACACACCCACACACUCACACAUACACAUUAAGUAUUUGUCAGAACUUACCCUUGAGACUUAGAUUCAAAUAGGCAAAUGCACCGAACAUGAUCCUAGCCCAAAUCAGACCUAAACAUAAUUGAGGAUGGAAAAGUACUUAUAAACAAAAAUCCUCAGACUAAACAGACCGAGGGAAACAUGCAUUCAGCACGUUCCCAUAAUUCAGAUCCCCAAACCCAAUCGUAAAACUCAAAUUUCGGGACCAAAGACAAAAACAAAUUCAAAAGCAAGAAUCCAAAGUCCAAUCGGGAAAGUUCUCAGCCUAAACAAUAAAACACACUCAAUUAGAAUAAACACACUCAAGUAAAGCUCGAAAGCUCCAAAACCGAGGUUUGAUCGUAAAAGAAGUCAGAGUUAGGAGUGAAGUUCAGUUUAAGAUCUACAAGUAGUAGGUUGGUGUUCUUCAAAUAAAGAAUAUUUGUAACCAGUUGGACAUAAGAAAAAUAAAGAUAAUUUUUUUUUAUUGAAAA